AUGUCGGCUAGGCGGCCGUGGAGCGGGCCGCCACGGCCCAGCGCGCUCCCGGAGGUCGGGGACUCAGCGCGGCCGCCGCCGCAUUUUGCGCUGGCCGCCGCAGGCCCGGAAAGGCCUCCCCUCUCGCGCCGCGCCCCGCCUGCUCGCCGCGGCCUCAGAGCGCGCGCGCCGCCUGGCGCCCCGCCCCGCCGCCCGGCCGCUGUGGGCCCAUGGACGGACGCGGCCUCGGGCCGCUGGCUCCACCGCGGCCGCCCCCAAGGCGCCGGCCGGCAAGUCCAGCCGUCGCGCUCACCGGGCGCCCGCCGCCACCGCGAACGAACCGAGCUGGGCGCCGCGCGCACUCGGGGCGGGGCGGGGCGGGGCGCGGCAACCGGCAGCCCCUCGGGCCAAUGGCACCCGCACGCUCCUGCUAACAAAGAAACCCGUCGACCAAUGGAUAGCGGGGGCGGGACCGGGAGCAGCGGGCUCAAGAAUAUAUGCCCCUCACAAGCAAACGAGCAAGCAAGCCAGCAAGAAAGAGCCUGUGUGUGGGACCCAAAGGCAGCUGGAUUUUGCCAUGUGGUUCUGACCGGCACCCCUGAAUGCCUCCAGGGAAGUAGCAGAAUUUACAAACACAUACCUGUUCACAUAGAGGGUCUCUGAGAAAGUCUUGGAUCAAUCUGGGUCCUCACAAGGAAGAUUACUUGGGCCUAGGAGUUUGGAACCAGCCUGAGCAACAUAAAGAAACCUCAUCUUAAGAAAAGCAGAGGGAUAGACAGAUGGCUCAGUGACCAAGAGCACUGACUGCUCUUCCAGAGGUCCUGGGUUUGAUUCCCAGCACCCACAUUCCUAGCACAUCACAACUGUCUGUAACUCCAGUUCCAGGAGAUGCAACACCUUCUUCUGACCUCCGUGAAAACAGACACACAUCGCACAGACAUACAUGCAGGCAAAAGACUUACACACAUUGAAAAAUUAGAAUCAAUGGAGCUGGAGAGGUGGCUCAGCAAUUAAGAGAACUGUCUGGCUGCUCUUCCCGAGGACCCAGGCUCAAUUCCCAAGACCCACAGAACAGUUCACAAUUGUUUGUAACUCCAGUUCUAGGGAAUCCAAUACCCUCUUCUGACCUCCCUGGGUACCACAUGUGAUGCACAGACAGAAAAGCAGGCAAAAUACUUAUACACAUAAAAUAAAAAUAAAAACUACUUAUUGAAAAAGAGCAGGAGAAGGAAGAAAAGAAGGAAAAGGAGGAAGCAGAGGAGGCUUCUAGUGGGAAAUGGGACAUUUGUGCAUCAUUACGGUGCAUCUCUUCUUGAAGAGUGUGUAUGCUUGAAAAGUACAUAGAUCCUCAACAGAAGAGUGGAUGCAAAAAAUGUGGUAUAUCUACACAAUGGAGUACUAUUCAGCCAUUAGAAACAAUGAAUUCAUGAAAUUCUAAGGCAAAUGGAUGGAGCUAGAGAAUAUCAUACUAAGUGAGGUAACCCAGACUCAAAAGGUGAAUCAUGGUAUGCACUCACUAAUAAGUGGAUAUUAACCUA